CGUUCACGGUAUGCCGGAUUCACCGGGUUUCCACUACAACACCAGUUUAAGUUGACCUUUUUUCAGCAGGAUACUUCAUUCGGUUUAUCCAACUUGUGUGGGGACACGUGACUAAUGCUGCAGUAACGAUGUUCUGUAAAAUUGUAUUAUAACAGAACCAGCAAUGAUAUGCAUAUGAAAAUGGACUUUAAUAUACACAAGACAGGAAGCGUUAUAACAACAUCCAACAAUUGAAUUGCCUUUAUGUUGCUAUAUGAAACAUUUAAGUUUAUAAGGGAAACCAUAACAAGUUAAUGCUUCAUUAUGACUUGAUGUCCUGUAUUGUCCUUGGGCAGAGUAAAAGUGUCUUAUCCCUCUAAUCAGUAGACACACACCUCACAUAUUCUAAUAUGACGUUGUUCAGACACGGAAGCUGUUCUGACUUGCGCUGACCAGCUGGUGGCGCUGGAUGAGGCGUUAGGAAUGACCGACGUACUACUCUUUAACACCAAAUUCCCGCAGUUCAUGGCAAGUCCGCGGACAUAAACUUUAGACUAUGAAUCAAUGUGGCAUUAAAGAAACCUGCGCACCUCCUAUUGUCAGUCCUGUUGAAUGGUUUAAACUGCAUAAACCAGCUGAUACUUUUCGCCGCUUUUACAUAGACACAUAUUCGGUCAUUAAACAUUUCCGAAGUGAAUAUUGUUCCAUUUCCGAGGGGACCAUGAAGGCAGCAUGGUUGCUGGUAGGAUGCUACCUUCGCAUCACCAGGUGUUUCAUUAGUGUGAGUUGCCGCCGCUGGGCUGCUAUCGGCGCGUCUUGUGGCUCCGCGGAGAGGAUUACUGUUUGCUUUGAGCCGGACAUCGAUAUAGAGACAUUUCAUAUAUUACCUUGAAACAUUUUCCUCCAUGGCAGACGUCAUCGACUCAAAAAUGAGCAGUUUGAGGCUAUUUAAGGAAUCAUUUGACAGAAGCAGCUCAGAACCUGUGGAGGACACGGACACCACCAGCUUUCUGGCAGAAUUUUCCCUGGAGGCCAAUUAUCCCGUGCAGGUGACCGAUCGGAAUGCAGAUGCUGUGACACUUCACCUGAGCUCCAUGUCCGCUGGAUUCCUGAGCCCCUCCUCUGACCGAAUAAGACAGCCAGUUCAAGAUGUUGAAGAAUGCACCUGGCCAACAUCUACUUCACCAGACUCUCCUAAAGAACUACAGUUACUUAGCAACCACUGCGAAAGGUGCAGCUGCCCAGCACCCCCCCCCAAGAUAAGUGACCUCAUGAACGACAAGGAUCUCCUGGACUUAUUGCGGCUCAAGCUGGAUCCAAAUCACUGCACAAUCAAAAACUGGAAGAACUUUGCAAGUCGCUGGGGGAUGAGCUAUGAUGAACUGACCUUGCUGGAGCACCGGGCCCAAGGCUCGCUGUCCCACAGCCCCACCCAGGAGUUCUUGCUUCGCUACAACCAGAAGACGGUUAAUGAGCUCACGGAACUCUGCCGCAUAUACCAGCGCAUUGAUGUCCUGCGACUGCUGCAGAGCUGGAUGGAGAAGGACUGGCCGUCACGCUGGCAACAUGCUCAUUAACUCAUGUAUGUUUUCCUUUGGUCAGGAAACUGUAAGAGAUUUCUUCUCCUUCAUAAGUGUUCAUUGUUAGGGACUUUAGUAAAAAAGAAAAAGACAAAACAAUGAUCCACAAACAGAACUGAACUGACUAGCACAACCACAAGAGGGUUGUCUUUGGGUUUGAGCCUAAUGUCCUUUGUCCUAACAAACCUUUGGAUGGGUUACCAAGACACUUGGACAUGGCAUUCUAUUCCCCUUGGGAUGAAUUAUAAUUGAAUUGGUGAUUCUCCUUUUUUUUCUGGAUCGCUAUCUGCAGUUUGAAAUAAAAUUAGUUUUUCAUCAUCA